GCCCUGUCCCCGUCCCCAGCCUCUGCCCCUGACGAAGCUGAAAGCAAAAGACACAUCUCAAUUCAGAGGCAGCUUGCUGAUCUAGAGAAGUUAGCUUUUGUAACUGAAGGGGAUUUUGACUCUGCUAGUUCAGUGAACUCAGAUCAUCUUGAUGCAGGAAAUAAACAGGCUUGUCCAUUAUGUCCUAAGGAAAAAUUUAGAGCUUGUAAUAGCCAUAAGCUUCGUCGGCACCUUCAGAAUUUACAUUGGAAAGUGUCAGUUGAAUUUGAAGGUUACAGAAUGUGCAUCUGCCACUUACCUUGUCGACCAGUGAAACCAAAUAUUAUUGGAGAACAGAUAUCCAGUAAAAUGGGCGCCCAUUAUCAUUGUAUCAUUUGUUCAGCAACAAUCACCAGAAGGACUGAUAUGCUAGGACAUGUUAGGCGCCAUGUGAAUAAAGGAGAGACUAAAUCCAGGUAUAUUGCUGCUUCCGCUGCUAAACCACCUACUGAAAUUUUGAAAGAGGUAGACACAGAUGUACAAGUUUGUCCUAAUUAUUCUGUACCACAGAAAACAGAUUCCUAUUUUAAUCCCAAAAUGAAACUAAAUCGGCAGCUAAUAUUCUGUACUUUGGCUGCUCUGGCUGAGGAGCGAAAACCUUUGGAAUGUCUGGAUGCCUUUGGAGCCACUGGGAUAAUGGGAUUACAAUGGGCAAAACAUCUUGGAAAUGCAGUCAAGGUUACCAUUAAUGACUUGAAUGAAAACUCUGUGACCUUGAUUCAGGAAAACUGCCAUUUAAACAAAUUGAAAGUGGUGGUGGACAGUAAGGAAAAAGAAGAGGGUGAUGACAUUCUUGAAGAAGGAGAGGGAAAGCUUGGUAAUAUUAAGGUGACCAAAAUGGAUGCCAAUGUACUGAUGCAUUUGAGAUCUUUUGAUUUCAUACACCUAGACCCUUUUGGAACAUCUGUGAACUAUCUAGAUUCUGCAUUCAGAAAUAUAAGAAACCUUGGCAUAGUAUCAGUGACUUCUACAGAUAUCAGUUCUUUAUAUGCCAAGGCACAACAUGUUGCCCGGCGACACUAUGGCUGUAACAUUGUCCGAACUGAAUAUUACAAGGAACUCGCAGCCAGAAUUGUUGUAGCGGCAGUAGCAAGAGCUGCAGCUCGAUGUAACAAAGGCAUAGAAGUACUAUUUGCAGUGGCUCUGGAACAUUUUGUCUUGGUCGUUGUGAGAGUUUUGAGGGGGCCUACUUCUGCAGAUGAAACAGCCAAGAAGAUACAGUAUCUGAUACAUUGUCAGUGGUGUGAAGAGAGAAUUUUUCAGAAGGAUGGUAAUAUGGUAGAAGAAAACCCGUAUAGACAGCUGCCCUGUAACUGUCAUGGAAGCAUGCCUGGAAAGACAGCAAUAGAACUUGGACCUCUAUGGUCAAGCUCCCUCUUCAAUACUGGAUUUCUCAAAAGAAUGCUAUUCGAAUCUCUUCACCAUGGUUUAGAUGACAUUCAGCCCCUAAUAAAGACAUUAAUCUUUGAGUCAGAGUGUACUCCUCAAAGUCAGUUUUCAGUUCAUUCACCUUCAAAUCUCACCAAGCAAGAAGAAUGUGGCAUAUCUAUUAAAACUACAGAUGAUACCACAACAGAUAAUUACAUUGCACAAGGAAAAAGAAAAUGUACUGAAACAAUCACAAAUUUAGCCAAGAAACAAAAGGCUGAUGCCAGUACUGAACAUCCUCCCUUUUAUUACAACAUCCACAGACACAGCAUUAAAGGGAUGAAUAUGCCAAAGUUAAAAAAGUUUCUGUGCUAUCUUUCUCAAGCAGGCUUUAGAGUAAGCCGAACUCAUUUUGACCCAAUGGGUGUUCGUACAGAUGCACCUCUGAUGCAGUUUAAAUCUAUCCUUUUAAAGUACAGCACCCCCACCUACACUGGAGGACAGUCAGAGGGCCAUGUCCAAUCUACAUCAGAAGAUACAGUAGCUGACAGGGUUGAAAUGUCAGUGAAUGACAAAGCAGAAGCAAGCAAUUGCAGAAGAUGGUAAAAGUAGAGAAGUGUUUGUUCCCAUACAGCUUUAUAGAUCAUCUGUCUAAUACUUCUCCAUACCAACUGUAGUUCUUUUUUUAUUCUUUCAAUUCAGUGGUGUAAAAAUAAAAAAGUGCUGUUUUCAUUUUAAAAGUA